GAGAUGAAGCAGCGCACGAUGCACAAGCAGGCCCCUUCUCCUGUGAACCCCAAUGCCCUGGACCGCACUGCUGCUUGGCUUUUGAAUAUGAACAUGCAGUUUUUAGAAGAUGAAAGCAUUGACCCAGAUUCCAAGCACAGGGAUAAGCUCAGGAAUAAGGACGAGCUCAGCCAAGCAGAAAAGUACCAGCAGGACCUAGUGGUGCUGCAGGACAAGCUGCGCAUUUCCAACAAGAAGCUGGAGGAAUAUGAGACUCGCUUCAAAUGCCAGGAGGAGACAACGCAGAAGCUGAUGCUGGAAUACCAGGCCAGGCUGGAGGAGAGCGAGGAGAGGCUCCGGAGACAGCAGGAGGAUAAGGAGAUCCAGAUGAAGGGCAUCAUCAGCAGGCUGAUGUCAGUUGAGGAGGAGUUAAAGAAGGACCAUGCAGAAAUGCAGGCUGCUGUGGAUUCCAAGCAGAAGAUUAUCGAUGCACAGGAGAAACGCAUUGCUUCCCUGGAUGCUGCCAACGCACGGUUAAUGAGUGCCCUUACUCAGCUCAAAGAGAGGUACAGCAUGCAGACACGUAAUGGGAUCUCCCCCACAAACCCAACUAAAUUGCAGAUUACAGAGAAUGGCGAAUUCAGAAACAGCAGUAAUUGUUAUUAGUAAUUGUUACCCCGCGGAGGGAGCCGCAGGAGGAGGCCACAGAGACCGUGCAGCAGCAGGCGUGAGCUUCAGAGAACGG